ACCUUCAUGCAGCGAGCAGUGACCUCUCUCAUCAUCAUUUUCUGCCACAGCAAACUUAGUGGAAAACUUAGCUGUGUUUCAAAAGCAGAAAGUCAGUAGAUAGUAAAGCUGAAGCCUGUCUGUUGGUCGGCUGUCUCGGCUCAACAUGGCAGAAGCUCUGCCGGAGUGGUACCAUGGUCCCAUCAGCAAGACGGAGUGUGAGGAACUACUGGGGAAGAAGAACAAGGAUGGAGCUUAUCUGCUCCGAGACAGCGAGACCAUCCAGGGAGCCAUGUGCCUUUGCGUUUAUAAGCAGAAGGUGGUGUAUACCUACAGAGUGCUUCAGACACACAAUGGAAACUACACUCUCCUGACAGCAGGAGGCAUUCAGGAGACAUAUUUCAAGACUUUGGAGGAUUUGAUCCGUAACUAUAAGAGAAAGAACCAGGGUCUGGCCAUUCAUCUGCGCCACGCGCUCAAAAGGAAGACGGACAUGUUGAUCCGGCCCCGAAAAUCAUCUGAAAGCUCUCCCAGGAACCAGGCUGGAGUGUCACCUAGACCAUCGUCUAUGCCACCAGGUGGAGUGCCACCUAGACCAUCGGCUACGCUACCAGCUGGAGUGUCAUCUAGAGCAUCGGCUACACCACCAGCUGGAGUGUCAUCUAGAGCAUCGGCUACACCACCAGCUGGAGUGUCAUCUAGAGCAUCGGCUAUGCCACCAGCUGGAGUGUCAUCUAGAGCAUCAGCUACGCCACCAGAUGAAGCAUCAGAUAGACUUUCAGUUGGGAGGCCAGUUAGACAUGCGUUGAGGAGAGACAACAAUCCCUUACCUGAGGAGGACUGUGACUAUGAAAAUGAUCCCAUUUCUGAAUAUGUUGAAGUUCUUCCUGAUCAACUCUGACUUUGACGACUGGAGUCCAGUCAAAUGAAAAGAGAGCGAAGACGCUGUGAGGAAACAAGAGGACAAGUUCAAAGGCUGAAUCUGGAUAAUUAUUAUUAGACUCUGAGAGACUGCAUUCACAUUUAUCCACACAGAAGUAUUUUCUUCUAUUUCGUUUUAGCUUUUUAAAUUUUUAUUUUAUUUCUUUUAAAGAUUUAUAAAUCUUGGUAUGUUGGAGGACUUUGAUCCAGAAUGAUUUGGAUGAAGAUUUGAACAAACCAGCUCUUUAUUCUUUGGAGAUUAAUGGUUAGGACUUUCUUGUGGAGCCACAAUGCAGUGUGUAGUGUGUUUGUUUUGUUUUUUUUUCCCUUAAGAAUAAAUCUUGGA